CGACAAAGCUUCACCCUUCCGAUUCUCGCAAAUAAAUUACUAUAAAUUAUAUUUUCAUACACUGAAAUCUUCAAGAAUCAAUCUCGAGACCGUUUUCCGAAUCAUAUCAAUCAAUUAUCAAAAUGUCAGACCUCACUACAGUUUACAGCAAGGAUGCUGCUUUCCGUAAGCCUCUUCUCAUUCUCGUGGAUAUUGAUUAAUUCGAGGAACUUCACCUUUCCUACGUGUCACUUCUAACGACUCUAUAGCUGCGGGACCUUACUCCCAGGCCAUCAAGACUUCAUCUACUGUUUAUUGCUCCGGACGUAAGUUCAAGAUCCCUUCUUCUCUUGAGCCUCAAUUCCCCUUCCUACCCCAGAUUCUAUGCUGACUCUUCUCCUACAGAAAUUCCAUGCACACCCGAAGGCGAGAUCCUCACGCUCGAGACUUCAAGCAUCUCUGCCAUGACUGAGCUCUGCGUCAAGAACUUAUCUGCCGUUCUCAAGGAAGCUGGAAGCAGCAUUGAGAAGGUCGUAAAGGUCAAUGUCUUCUUGACAACUAUGGAUAACUUUGCGGAGAUGAAUGGAGUUUAUGAGAAGCUUUUCAAGCACAAGCCUGCCAGAAGUGAGUUGAUAUACCCUUUUCAUGAAGAGGGGAGAGGCAGAUGGGUGGUGAUGGAGAUGGGGUUGAAUGACGUUUGCAGAAGAUGAAAUAUGCUAAUGAAGUUUCUGCAGGUUGCGUUGCAGUAUACCAAUUGCCAAAGGGUGUUCCAAUCGAGAUCGAAUGUAUUGCUGUGGCUUAGGGCCAUGUGAGACAGAAAUUGACAAGCACAUGAACUUCGAUGGCUUGGAUGAAUCUUGACGUCCAUGAAUCCUCAUCUGCGGUCCAACAUUGAGAUGAUGACAUUAUGAAUGUGUAACGCCAUGAAGUAGAUACUAAACCCCCUACCAUUCUCCGCCUUUCUACCAGCUGUAUUUUGGUGCUUAUUUCAAUAGUUUGAACUCUGAAGUCAGUAAUCGAUCUACGUUGAUUUC